CGAGUUUUGGGUAGAGAGUGUGUUAAUUUCUUGGUAGUGGGGGUUUGAAAUGAACUUCAGUUCGUGUGUCGACUUUUUUCAGAGCUGAAAUUUGUAUCAACAAACAUAAAUUUAGAAAAAGUGAAACACUAAAAUGUUUGUUCUUGCUGAACUCAAAAGCACAGUAAAAGUGCACCCAUCUCUAUUCUCAAAAGGACUUUCAGAUGUUGCCAAAUUCGAGUUAAAUAAAAAGUUGGCAAAUAAAGUUCUUCAUAAAAUUGGGUUGAUGAUUAGCUUUAGAGAAGUUGUCAGCUUUCAAGACUCUUCUAUUCUACCAGUUGACGGGUCCUCGCAUACGGAUGUUAUCUUUCGAUACAUUGUUUUCAGACCAGAAAUUGGAAGUCUUCUUACUGGGAAAAUAAAAAGUUGCGCUCGUGAUGGAAUUUAUGUUACAUUGGGAUUUUUUGAUGAUAUUUUUAUUCCCAAAGACGAACUUCAACAUCCAAGCCGCUUCGAAGAAGCUGAGCAAGCUUGGGUUUGGGAGUAUCCAGUUGAAGGAGAUGAAAAACACGAUCUUUUUAUGGAUGUUGGGGAGACAGUUAAAUUUAGAAUAAUUGAUGAAGAGUUUGUUGAAUCAGAACCUUCAGGUCCUCCAGAUAAUGAAACUUCAUCAUCUUCCACAAACCCUUCAACAGACCACAACAGUCGACCACCAUAUAAAAUCAUUGGGGCGAUUAACGAAUCAGGCUUGGGAAUUGAAUCUUGGUGGACACAGAAUGAAGUUGUCGAUGACGAUGAUGAAGAUGACGAUGGUUAAAUUUCGGUUUUAUGUAUUUAUCAUGUUUUAUUUUAAAUAAAGGAAUUUUUAUAAGUAAGUUAAAAGAAUAAUUAAAUUCAGAUGGGAAAAUGUUUUAGCUCCAGAAGAGAAUCGACACUGCCAUCAUUAAACAAGCAACUCCUACAUAAGGAGACUUCCUUUCUCCAAUACGUGCAAGCUUCCAAAAUAUUCCGAGCAUUCCAGUUUUAUUUCGAUCUAUUAUUGAUGGGAACAAUGAUCGAAGAUAUGCACAAGUGCAGAUUAAUAGAAGAAUAACUGAUAAAAGGCUUUGGAAAUUAAAUAGAGCACUC